CUCGGCCUGCACGCGGCGCUCGUCGACGCCGUCGGCGAGCUCGGCUGGGCGAAGCCGACGCGGAUCCAGAAGGCGGCGAUCCCCGUGGCGUUGAGCGGGCGCGACGUCAUCGGCCUCGCGGAGACGGGCAGCGGGAAGACGGGCGCGUUCGGCCUGCCCAUCCUCCACAAGCUCCUCGAGAAGCCGAGCCGGCUCUUCGGCGUCGCCUUGGCGCCGACGCGCGAGCUCGCGGUGCAGAUCCACGAGGUCUUCGACGCGCUGGGCGCGGCCAUCGGCCUGCGGUGCGUCUGCGUCGUCGGCGGCGUCGAGAUCGCCGCGCAGGCGCUGGCGUUGGCGAAGCUGCCGCACGUCGUCGUCGCGACGCCGGGCCGCCUGGUCGACCACUUGGAGAACACGAAGGGCUUCUCCCUGCGGACCUGCAAGUGCCUGGUCAUGGACGAGGCGGACCGCAUGCUGUCCAUGGACUUUGAGAAGGAGCUCGACGCCAUCGUCGGCGCGAUCCCGCGCGAGGGCCGGUGCUCCAUGCUCUUCUCGGCGACGAUGACGUCCAAGGUCGCGAAGCUCCAGCGCGCGUCGCUCUACAAGCCCGUGAAGGUGGCGGUCAACGACAAGUUCGCCAUGCCCCGCCAGCUCGACCAGCGCUACCUGUUCGUGCCCGCGAAGCACAAGGAGUGCUACCUCGCGGCCGUGCUCGACGCGCGGCGCGGCGCGACGGCGCUGGUCUUCUGCGCGACGUGCGCGGGCGCGACGCGCGCGACGCUGCUGCUGCGCAACCUGGGCUUCGACGCGGCCUGCCUCCACGGCCAGAUGGCCCAGCCGAAGCGGCUGGGGGCGCUCCACAAGUUCAAGGCGGGCGCGGCGACCAUCCUCGUGGCGACGGACGUCGCCGCGCGCGGUUUGGACAUCCCCGCGGUGGACCUCGUGCUCAACUACGACGUGCCGACGCACGGCAAGGAGUACGUGCACCGCGUGGGCCGCACGGCGCGCGCGGGCCGCAAGGGCUCGGCGAUCGCGUUCGUGACGCAGUACGACGUCGAGCUCUACCAAAGGUUGGAACACCUCAUCGGCGUCAAGCUCCCCAAGGCCGACGUCGACGAGGACAUGGCGCUCGCCUUCCUCGACCGCGUCAACGACGCCGCGCGCCUCGCGGCGGGCGCCAUGCGCGAGACCGAGGAGGUCCGCAAGCAGCGCCGCGGCGGCGGCGACGACUCCGACUCGGACGACGACGACCGCGACGACGACUUCGGCGCCGCCGACGGCAAGCGCCACAAGUUCGCCGGCAUGCGGAAGAAGGGCCGCGGCGGC